AACAAACAUGUUGACAAUGUCAUAGCAAUUUUGUCAGGUUUCCAAUAAAAAAACAAAUCACUGAAUUAAUUUACAAAAUGUAAAAACAAAUAUCCAUUUUAUCAGACAAUUCUUCUUCAACCACCCCAAUUCUUGGUCCCCCACCCACCGAAGACAAAACCAAAAAAUUAAAAAAAAAUACGCAAACGAUUCCGCCGGACGCGAAGAGAGCACACACACUUUUCUCUAAUUAAAUUAAUUAUUAACCGUCCAAUUUGGCCGGAGCUUUUGUGCCAUACGGAAUAUGCAGGGCCCCGUCCAACGUAUCCGGGGGCUUUAACUUUGAGCAUAUUUUAUCAUGUUUAAGUGUUUUUGAUUUAAUGACGCGCAACCCCUCCACCAUCUCCCACCACCACCACCACACUAAACCAACCACCUCUUCACUCUACACAUUUUUUUUCUCCUAUUAUUACUCAUCAAUUAUGUAACCGGGGGGCUAAUUAAACGCCAACUUCACCGCAACUCAAAACUAUUGUACCAAACAAAAAAAAAACCCAAAUCAACCCCUUAGGCCAGCAUCCGGCGAACCCGUUGUCUUCGCCUGUUUGCACACCGGAACGCCGAGGGGGGAGGGUGGUAACCGACAGGUUCUCGGGAGGACGCGCAGCCCCGAAGAACAUCCCCCGCGCUUCGGCGGCGCGACGCGAGAGAGAAGGGGCGGGCGGCCCCAUUUAAAUCGCUGAUAUUAUCUCGAUAACAUCAGUAAUAACUCGCGACCCCGACGUGCUCACAUUCCAACCGUGCGAUGUAUUCGCUGUACCGGGCCUGGCUGUCGAUGGGACCGUGCGAGAACCUGCCCCCUUUGCUGUUACCACCUCAAGGGCCCCUAAAUCUGAGUGCUCCCGUCAACCAGCCCGGCGUCCCGGACGUGUCCCUCCAAGUGGGGCCGUCGUUGACACAGUUUUCGGCCCACAAGCAGGUGCUGAGCACCCACAGCGGCUUCUUCAAGGCCGCCCUCCUCAACCACACUGGUAACGCUCCCAUAGCGGUGCCCAACGUGAACGUGGACGAGUUCUCGUCCCUGCUCACCUUCAUGUACACCGGCUUCCUGGACCUCAACCUGAGCAACAUCUACAACAUCCUGCUGGCCACCCACAUCCUCCACAUGCCCAAGGCCCUGGAGAUUUGUCGCACCUUCCUCCUGCACAGCCAGAACGCCGAAAUGCUCCAGCGCCAGUGCAACAUCGUCAAACCAAUACCCAGUAGGAAGGCCAUGCUUCCAACCACCCAAAUCUACCCACCCAACAGCUUCAACAUGCUCAGAAAGUCGGAGGACACGCCGUUCCGGGUGGUGGAGGCCAACCCCCCGCCAGACCCGGACCUAACCAAGGCCUCCACCUCCAAAGAGCCGGAGCCACCCGAGUGCAAGAGACCGGAGAAGAAACCCAAACUGAAGUGCCGCCAGGAGAACAUGCCAGGCGAGAAAGUUAUAGUGGACAUAGCGUGUUGCGACGGUCCCGUGCGCUUCCACCGCGUCGUCAACAAGAACUACGGCCUCCCCGCCAGCGACCAGCCCUUCGAAAUCCAAAAAGAAGUGAACAGAAACGCCGUCCUCAACAAGGUGAUGAACGAGAACAUCCACAGCAAGCUGGACGACGCCGAAAACUCCGAGCAAAGCACGGAGAUCUUCACCUGCCUGUACUGCAAUCACACGUUCAAGUCGCAGUACUGCUUCCAGAAGCACGCGCGCCGCCACCUCAAUCCCGUCAGUCUGGAGGCGAAGGCGGUGCCCAAGGAGCAGGUGGCGAAGCGCGAGGUCAAACUGUUGGAUAUGAACGUGCAGUAUUAUCCGUGCAAGACGUGCGGCUCGAAGUUUCCCAGUUAUUAUUUCGUGCACAAGCACAGGAAGCUGUGCCAUCCGGAGGAGAUGGCCGACAACAACAACAAGAACAACGAGAUCGUGCCCGAGGGCAGCGGGAUCGGGGAGGAGAGCAGUGGAAGUGCCAUCGACGUGGUCGCCAUCCACGGCGAGAACGACGAUUGAAUUGUUUUUUUGCUGUUAGUUAUUGGCUUUAGCAAUAAUGGGAAAUACAUAUCAAUAUGUUUUUUGUUGUAUAUAUAUAAAUGAGCAAUAAAGUUGUUUUGAUCUCGACCCUGUUUUAAUUUUAAAUACUCAAUAAUUAUA